AAGAGCAGCAGUGCGUCAGUUUAGUAAUGGCUCCCGUGUUGACCGCUGCGCUGCCUCGCUCUCUCGCCGCUUGUGUUAGAUAUGGUGUUAAUCACACUCAAAUAUGUCUGAAUUUGAAGAGCAGAUCAGUCGUUGGGUCGAGUGUUCGACUCAAGUCGACACCAGCGGCUGCCUCUUUGGUCGGGGAGAACAAUGCACUGGACGCUGCCUCCCGCAAUAACGAGGAAAAAGACCCACUUGACCUGACCUUCUGUGACCAUGAAGCCGCCUUCAAGAGCAAGACGACCUGGGAGGUGCUGCGGGCGCUGCUCGUCUUCCAUAUGUGUGGCAUCAAGACGCUCGUCGACAACAACGACAAGCUGAUGAAGAUGGGGCAGAAGGUGUUGGGUAAGCGUCUCUUCGCUUCCCUCAUGAAGGCCACCUUCUACGGCCAUUUCGUCGCUGGCGAGGACCAGAUCAAAAUCCAACCCACCCUAGAGAGACUUCGCUCAUUCGGCGUCAAAUCCAUCUUGGACUACUCGGUGGAAGAGGACAUCAGCUCAGAGACGGCAGAGAAGCGCGAGAUGGAGGGCUGCGAGUCGAAGGCGGAGGGGUCGAACGCGAUGGAGCGGUACACGCCUCAGCGCAAGUUUGCCGACCGUCGCUACAAGGUGUCCAGCGCGAGGACCUACUUCUACGUCAACGAGGCCCAAUGCGAGAAGAAUAUGGAGACCUUCAUCAACUGUAUUGACGCAAUCUCUGACGCUACACACGGCACCGGCUUCGCAGCGAUAAAGAUGACUGCCCUGGGUCGACCUCAGCUCUUGAUGCAGCUUUCAGAAGUGAUAGCAAAAGCACGGCAGUAUUUUACACAAGUGACAGGAGAGUCUGGGCCUAUCCUCUUCUCUGACAUUAAAACAGAUGUAUUUGAGAAACGUUUCCGCGAGGAAAACAUGCUGACCGAUAAUCCUGCAGUAAGAAAAUGGUUAGACAGCAUGACCUAUGACAAGAAAGGUCUAAUUCAUCUGUUCUCCUGGUCAGGGCUGAUAGAUGCUAACAUCCUCUUGAGUGACCUUUUCCACGUGCCUAGCCUUAACUCUGGGCAAAUGGAACCAAUUAUCUCUGCACUUACUAGGGAGGAGGAAGAGAUGUUUAAAAAUAUGAUGCGCAGGCUGCAUACUAUUUUCCAGUAUGCUAAAGAAUGUGAUGUAAGAGUGAUGGUUGAUGCAGAGCAAACUUACUUCCAGCCUGCCAUAUCUCGCCUCACCUUAGAGAUGAUGAAGAAAUAUAACCAGGAAAAAGCAAUAGUAUUUAAUACAUACCAAUGUUACCUGAAAGAAACUUUUAACAACCUCUCCCUUGACCUCGAACAGUCGUAUCGCCAAAAAUUCUAUUUUGGUGCCAAGCUUGUGCGAGGGGCUUAUAUGGAGCAGGAACGUGCCCGUGCUAUUGCGCUUGGUUAUGAAGACCCAGUUAAUCCUAGUUAUGAGGCUACUACAGAUAUGUAUCAUGAAAGUCUUAAUGAAUGCCUUCGACGAAUUAAAAUGAAUAAAUCAAUAGGAGAACCACAAAAGAUUGCCAUCAUGAUAGCUUCCCAUAAUGAAGAUACUGUUCGCUACACUGUUAACAAGAUGUCUGAAUUUGGAAUCCACCCUCUGGACAGGGUUCUGUGUUUUGGUCAACUUUUGGGAAUGUGUGACCACAUCUCCUUACCUCUAGGACAAGCUGGCUACUCUGUGUACAAAUAUGUUCCUUAUGGUCCAGUAAACGAGGUACUACCAUACCUGUCACGUCGUGCUAAAGAGAAUAGUUCUCUUCUGGAAAAACUUCAUAAAGAGAAGCGGCUGUUGACAAGAGAAUUGUGGAGGCGUAUUGCUACAGGGCAGAUUUUCUAUAAACCAAAGGGCAACUACACACCAGUAGGUGCUCAAAUACAAAAUGAUUGAAGAUUUAUAAAAUUUGAUUGGAAUAAUACUAUACAUCAUUGGUAAAGCUAUCACCUGGUGUAAUUUCAUUUAUCGGUACAGUAUUCUCAAAUGCAGUAUAGGUAUUGUAAAAACACUAAAUUGAUGUACAACACAGUAAUGUAAUUUCAUGUAUAUAUUGUAAAUAUACAGAAUGACAAGUUCACUAACUAUUAAAUACAGAAAAUUCUCCAGGUGAUGACAUUUACUAUGUCAUAUAUUUUUAUGAUUAAUAAGCACAUUGUGAUUUAACAUUUUAAUUCCUUAAUGCCAUGUUGUGGUCGUUAAGAAUAAUUCCAUAUGUGAUGACGUACAGGUUGCUACACAGGUUAAUGUUGGCUACAAAUAGUUUAUGAUCUACAGUAUUUAUUUAGAUAUAAUGCAGUGGCACAGCAUUCUUGUUAGUCAUUACUUAAUUUCAGAGGCAAGCUAGGAACAUUCCCUCUUGAUGUAUGAGUCUGCAGAAAAUGUGCUGAGAAUAGAUGAGGUAUAACUAUUGUAUUAUAAUUUGCUUAUUUUUAGGUGUUUGGGUGUGCAGUUUGACAUUUACAAAUGUCCAUACAAUAUUUAGCUAGGCAUGUCAAUAAAAAAUAACUAUCAAGGACACCAAAUAUGGCAUUUCAUGUUGGUAUGUAUUGUUUAUACAGAUUGAAGGAUUGUAGUGUUUUACAAGUAAAAAACAAUUAAAUGAUGAAGGUUGCAUGGAUAGUAUUUAUGUUGCAGUUGGUUGUUUUGCAAGUGCAUGCUAGUACUGGGUAAGAUUUUAGUUUCUUAGUGUGUGUGCUUGUGUGCUUGAGGAAAUGAAAAAAGUUUUUCCAUGAAGCUCAAUUAAAGUGUUUGUUGUAACAAUGAUUUUUUGUUUAUUUUAAUUGGAUGUUAAAUAGUAAUCUUGAAUUUGUAUACCGUUUCUACAAACCUAUGUCGGUUAGCAGUCAGGGCCAUGCGUCUAACUUUUUGAAUUGAUAUCGAGGUAGGCAACAUGGAAAGAACCAUUUAAUUCUAGAAAAUAAAUAAAUGAUUCAUUUAUUAGUAUUAAUGUAUUUUUAUGGCAGGUUCUUAUAAUUUGAAUAUGGAGAUACAGGGAAUCCCUAACUUACAAUUGCCCGAUUGUAUAAAUGUCAUCUCGCGUCCCAAUUUUUACAUCUUGAUGUGCUCUGUGAGCCCAUGCCAUCUCCCAUAAUAUGAAUAAGUACCAGUCUUAUAUUUGCAUGGCUCGUGUAGGUUGCUACCGAAAUGUCCGUACAGUCCAUGGUUUCCAUGUGGCUGCCCCAUGCUGCUUCAGUUGACAUAUAUUUUUUCCUGCCCAGUGUAGACUGGCUAUUUAUUUUGUGGAUUGCUACAUUUGUUUAUUGAGGAAAAUCUAAUUAAUAAUGGCUGCUGAGAGGAAGAGUGAUGGUCAUGAAUUAGUGCCAAGGCAGAUUAGAAAGGAAACUGAGGAUAAGAAAAUACCGAGACGGGAGAAACACCAAUGCAGAUCGUAUAUGUUUGACAUGAACCUGUUCCACUAUUGUCAAUAAAAUUUUUUUUUUUAAUAAACAGUAAUGAGGAAAAUGUGAUUUAUGUAAGACUACUAACACUGCAGAUUGAGGACUAGAAUCAUUGUAUAAAUGUAUAAAUUCAUACAUAUAUACAUGUGUGCAUACAUGUAUACAUCUUUAGUAAUUAACUUUUUAAAUUUUCAAAUAGUAGUCAGGAAAAUAUGGGUAACACUUUCAAAUUAAAUUAUUUUAUAUUCACAAAAUUUUUAUACAAUAUAGCAAAUGUUGAUUUUUGGUAGUUCAGGAACAUGUCUCCCGUUUCUAGCAUUGUGCCUAUGCAAGAUCUGGUUCCUCCUGGUUCCUCGUAAAGAAUGAGGAACAUUCCCUCUUAAGAAUUCUUAACUUGCUUAAAAAUGCCCUGUUUUGUAACCCACUCCACUUAUAACUUGGGGACUUCCUGUAUUUGAUAAUUGCUAGCUUCCAGUAAAAAUAUGAAAUUCAGUUUUGUACUAAAACUAUACAUGGUUUUAGAAUGCAUUCAAAUUAAUUUUAUCAAAGUUAAAUUUUAUAAUAUUCAGUAGAAGGAUUUUUACGAUGGAUAACUUUAUUCCAAGUCUAAACGCAAACCAAAUAAUUUACCUUCUUUGUAGCACAAAAGGUUUAGUUUAAUGCAAAGUGGUCAGUAAUACAUAAUACAGUAAUACAUUCUUCAUACAUUGCAAACUAAUAUAAGUAUCUUUUUGUGACCUUUUGUCACUGAAUGCCUUCAAGAGACUAAUUUUAAAUUACAGUACAUAAAUUUGAAGUUCUGAUAACUUUCAGAAGUUUCACUUAAGUGGAAUUAAUUUUGUAGUGGAUUUUAUAAAAAUUAGUUUUAGGGUACUUUAUCUAAUGGUAGUACUAUAUAUUAUAGUUUAAUGUAUCCAUGCCUUGGUUGAUCUUAUACAAUGAGUUUAAAAAUAUAUUGAAUGGGGUCAAAUGGUUCUGAGGAAUGCCACAGUUUAAUAUUUAUAUUAAGAAAUAAAUAUUUACUAAUCAUUUUACUUUUUGUUUUCAAAAUUGUUAAAUCGUAGAAAACGUUGAUGAACACCACUGGGCUUAUAAUUUUUAUAUAAUAAAUGAUACAUUGUUGGAAUUUUAAAUAUGGAAGAUUAUUGUUUCAGCCGAGUGGAAGGUCUAAAGCUGAGGUAAUGGUUGGUGAUGAACACAAGUUUGUUUUAAAUCUUACCAUCAUCCAUUACAUUGUGUACCUAGAAUGGAUGCAGCUCACUUUAUGAUAAACAUACCAGGCACAUUUCACUGAUAUAAAAUUUGUAUAUACUGUGCAGUUUUAGCAACCCCACCUGAAGAGUGGGGCAAGACAAAUACAUUAGGUCUGAAAAUUAUCAAAAAGAUACCAAACCUGGGAAACUAUUUAGCACCAUCUGUCACAUUCAGAUAUUCCUAGUUACCAUUCAGGGUACCAGUAAGGGCAAAUACACACGAUGAGCGAUGUUAAAGGUAUUGGGAUUCGCCAAUUGUUUGAUAGACAUGACUCAAAGGAACCUGAGGAGCAGGAUUGAUAAAGAAAUAUUCUGUAUGUUCAUUUUCAUUUUCUGAUGUGCUCUUGUGGUGUAAUGAUUGUAACAUCACUGACUGCAGAUGUGUUGGUCAGAGUUCAGUCCCUGGCAUGGGAGCAUUAAGUGCAGAAAACACCUCAAUAAUUACUAUGCUUGUAAGAUUUUUCACUGUGCAUUGCAAAUUACCUGCCAGAAAAGUACGAAAUUUUCUUUAUACAGUAACAGAUUAUGUUCACACAUUUCCACUUUUUAUUUUUGUCAAUAAAAUUAAUGAGAAAUGUUAAUUUGUUUAUUUGGCAGUCACAGAAUUCUAUGAAAUUUUAUUUUACACUAGUACAGAAGCAAAUUCAUUUGUGAACAUUUUGAUGCCACAUUUUUAAUAAUAACUCAAAACUGGCAAAAUGUUGAGUACUGUAUAAACAUUUUAGGCGUCGCUGAGCAGGGACCCCGAGGUGCCUAGAAUGUUUACGGUUGGAAACACGCCAAUGGAUUGUAAUAUUAAUGUGUUGUGUAUUCAGCUGAAGAGAAUAACUUUUUCUUCUGCUUGAUGGGAUGGUUUGAAGUGUUUAAACACUGUACUAAUUACUGAAUUUAACAAAGACUUACACCGUACCAUUAGAAAUGCUGUCCCCUUAACUUGCUACUUUGUAUGUUCACAUUUUCAAGAUCAAAAAUCUUGUUUUCACAACAUCCCUUUGAGAUUUUAUGAAUUGGAUGCCUCCGACAUCAUUUGUCUAGUUUUUUGCUCUCGUAUUGACAUCCUGAGUAUCUAGGAAAUAUUAAUAUUUUAAGAAAAUGUGAUGCUCUUUCAGGCUUGGGGUUGUCUUGAUAAUUGUUUGCCAAAUGAAAUGAAUCAAAAUACCAUUUAAUAAGUUUUUUUUAUUCACUGUAGUUUGAUUUAUUAGUAAUAUUCUAUUCAUGAAAGUAUCAUGUACUAGCAAUUACACACACUUAGUAUUAAAUAACUUGUGGCUUAAAGUUUGGGUAAAGUAUUUAAAAGUUGAAUACUUCAAAGCAGAAUUAACACCUGUAUCUUCCUUAUAAUUACAAGGUUAUUUACAAAGAGAAAAGGUGCUAGUUUUUCUUAAGUUAUGCUGUCUAGUGGCAUGCUAGCCAUUGAAGUACAGUACAGGGGAGUCUGGAAUCUUGUAUUUUAAACCCAGCAACAUUGAAAAUCUGUAAUAAAAUAAGACUGCCAAUUUUUAAGCACUGUAGUGAGAAAUACCACUUUACUUCAGAUGGUUUGGUUUUAUUUUUUCUUCAUUAUCUUACUGUAAGUGUACAUAACAUUCUGAAAGCAAAGACAAGGCAGUAUUUUUGGUAAGUAUACAACUACUGUAAUUUUAAGGGUUUUAAAUAUUGGAAAUAUAUAUCGCCUCCCAAAUAGCUCCUGAGAAAUAUCUAUACACAGGUUCUGGCAGAUGCCCGUCAUAUGAUACAGUAAAAUUAAAAUUUAGUUCUUUGAAAUUCACUCGUAAAAUGGGGGAGGGUGGAGGGAAGGGGCUGAAAAUUUGGGUGUGAAUGCCAAGUCUUGUAAUAUGACUCCAAUCACAUUUUUUAAGGCAAUAUUAGGAGAAACAGUUGGUGCCUUGGUAGUCAUUAAGAAUGUUUAAAACAAAAUUGUAUGAUUCAUUCUAGUUUUGAGCAUUGUGAAAAAUAUAGAAAGUUUGGCAAUAACAAGAAGAAAAAGUGCAAAUUUCUCAAUCUGAAUUAGGUUUGAAACUAUAUAAUCCAGAUUUUGGAUAUGACAUUGUAGUGGGUUAAUAAUACUGGUUAAUUGGUACAGUAUUGUCUAUGUUCAACAUUAUCUAUUAUCAAAUAGCAUCCAAAAUUUUGGCAAAUGCUUUGCCCCAGGGGUUCUGGAUUUUAAACUAUUGCACUGUAUUAUAUAACCACAAACUGUUCUGUAGCCCUGAUAUCUUUAUACUGACCAGUAGGGGUAAGGCCACAGCAAACAUUUCUAGAGGAUGCUCUUAUCACUACACAAACCUUUCACUCCUUAAAUUUCUUAGUCCCACUUACCCCCUUUUCUUUCACUAACAUCCUACUAACAUGUCGGUACUUGCUGUAUUGUGCUUCACCCACACCACAUUUCAUUGGACUAAAAUGGACUAUUCAUUGGACUAUUCCUACAAUUUUGUUUAGAUAAUUAUUCUGAACAUUGUACAGUAACAUGUUUUGUGCAAGAGAGAUACAUGUUUGGGUCUAUCUAUCCAGGUGUAGUUACAGGUUGAGAGCUACGCUUUAGUGUCACUGUCUCCCUAAUAAUCUUUGUCAUACGGUACUUUAAAACUGCUGAUGGUUUAAGCAUCCAUCACCUCACUUAAAUUGUUCCAACCAUCCAGAAAUCUGGCUGUAAAAGAAAACUUUGACAUUUGUUAUUCUUAGCUUGAAUCUGUGGCUUCUUGUUCUAGAAGUUGCAGGUUUUAAAAUUUCCUCCUUUUCAAUUUUGUAAAUUUGUUAUGGUUUUGUAUGCACUGAUCAAAUCUUAUUUUUCCUUCUAUGCUACCUUUGGCAUAUUCUAAUGUCUUAUAACUCUCUUGUUAGUGUUAGAUCUGGAAGCUAUUUGGUAAUGUUUUUUUGAGUGUGUACAGUACAGUACUUUACAAAAGUAUGGGUCUCCCUGCUCGAGGUGCAUACGUAUGGCAUAAAAAAUUAUAGUUGUAUGGGCGAAAUGUGUAACAGAAGUUUGAGCUGGGUGCAUGACAUCAUUGGGGUAUCCCUGGCUUACCAGGGGCACACAGCUGGUAGGCUCAUUUAGCUCCUGGCAUUCAGAGUGCGAGGUUGUUGCGAAUCCCACUCUGGCACCUUGGUGUCUAUUAUUGUAGUUAAUUAAUAGUGGUGAUGGGGGUAUUACAUUAUGGCACCCACUGAGGAACUAAAAAAAAAAAAAAAAAAAAAAAAAAAAAAAAAAAAAAAGCUCAGA